AUGGACUUGUUUCUGACUUCUCUCCUUUUAGGAAGCAUCUUCCUCGUCCCGCUCCUGCUGAGGACUUUGUGCCCGCAGCUGUGGACGGAUCUGCUGUAUUUGCGGGAUUUGUUGCGGGUUCUGGUCUUGUACGCAGGCUGGAGGAGGAGGAGACCCCCCUUCUUCGUCCUGGACCGAUUCUUGGAGCAGUGCGCAGCGUUUCCACAGAAAGCCUUCAUCGUGUUUGGAGAGGAGAGCUUCACCUUCUCUGAGACGGACAGGAGGAGCAACAAGGUGUCGCACGCGCUGCAGAACCAGGCGGGGUACCGACCCGGGGACCCCGUGGCGCUCUUCAUGGGGAACGAACCGGCCUUCCUGUUCACCUGGCUGGCUCUGGCCAAACUGGGUUCUCCUGUGGCCCUGCUGAACUCCAACAUCCGGAGCAAGUCCCUGCUGCACAGCUUCAGCUGCUGCGGGGCAUCAAUGCUCAUAGCAGCUGAAGAUCUGAAGAAGGCGGUGGAGGACGUCCUGCCGUCUCUGAUGGACCAGGGAGUCUCCGUCCUUCUGAUGUCCAAACACUCGGACACGCCAGGAAUCCAGAACUUCUCCGAUCAAAUCGAAGCGGCUUCGGACGCUCCGAUCCCUCGGUCCCUCAGAUCACACGUCACUCUCAGAAGCCCUGCAGUUUACAUUUACACCUCUGGAACCACCGGUCUCCCUAAAGCAGCUGUGGUGAACCAGAACCGGCUGCUGUCAGCUCUGGCUGUUUUAUCCACGUACGGCGUCACAUCAGAGGAUGUAAAGUACGUGAACCUGCCUCUGUACCACACCGCGGGCUUCCUCGUUGGCUUCAUCGGCUCCAUCGAGUCAGGGUCGACUAUCGUCCUGAAGAGGAAGUUUUCUGCCUCCCAGUUUUGGGACGACUGCAGGAAGUACAACGUUACUGUUGUCCAGUACAUCGGAGAGGUGAUGCGUUACCUCUGCAGCACUCCGAAGAAAGAAAACGACAAGGAGCACAAAGUGAGGCUGGCCGUCGGAAACGGUGUCAGGGCGGAAAUAUGGAAAGAGUUUCUCAGUCGCUUCGGGAACAUCCGGGUUCUGGAGUUUUACGCCUCCACAGAGGGAAACAUCGGCUUUCUGAACUACACGGGAAAAAUUGGAGCAGUUGGACGAGUCCACUUUUUUCACAAGAAGUUCUUCCCGUACACGCUGAUAAAAUACGACACGGAGCGCGACGAGCCAGUGCGAGGUUCUAACGGGCUCUGCAUGGAAUCAUCCAGAGGUGAAACGGGCCUGCUGGUGUCAAAGAUCACAGAAAUUGCUCCAUUUGAAGGCUACGCCCAAAACCAGGAACAAACGGAGAGGAAAAAACUUCGAAACGUCCUGAAGACGGGAGACGUUUACUUCAACACCGGAGACCUGAUGAGAAUCGAUGAGGACAACUUCAUUUACUUUCAGGACCGAGUCGGGGACACCUUCAGGUGGAAAGGUGAGAACGUGGCAACAACGGAGGUGUCUGACAUCCUCUCCAUCAGCGACUGUCUGCAGGAUGCUAACGUUUAUGGAGUCCAGGUUCCAGGACAUGAGGGUCGUGUCGGGAUGGCAGCUGUUACUGUGAAGAAAGAUGAAGAGUUUGAUGGAAUUAAAAUCUACAACCAUGUGGUCAGCUACCUGCCUUCAUACGCACGACCUCGUUUCAUCAGGAUACAGAGCGCAGUGGAAGUGACCGGCACCUUUAAGCAGAUAAAAAUGAAGCUGGUGGAGCAGGGUUUUGACCCAGGAAGUAUCCAGGACCCUCUCUACAUCCUGGAUGAUGGAGUAAAGAGCUAUGUUCCUCUGAGCUCUCAGACCUACGACUCCAUCAGAUCAGGAAGCAUCAAGCUCUGAGCUGUGCACGCUCUUCACACAUUUUAGAUAUGUUUACCUUUCAGCUCAGGUCCGCAGCAGUUUUAUCCUUAUGCUUUAGUAAAAACAGUCA